AUGGCCCUGAACCAAGUGUCCCUGCUCUGCCACGACAUCACCAACCUGUGGCUGGAGCUCCAGCACAGGACAGGUACUGGUUGGUCUUACUGUCUGUCUUUCAUUUGGUCGGUUGUCUGUCUGUCUCGGUCUGUCUAUCUACCAGUGUACAUGUUGCUUACAGUAGACAAUGGACCUAGUUGAAGUGACUUAUGCUGUUUUGGUGUUGUAAUAAUGUUGAAGUAGACUGUCUUUGCUGCACUAAUGCUGACACUACUGUCAAAAAAAUGGUGAACAAUGUAACAUGUCAGUUUGGAGCGUGUCAGUCUCUGUGUUGACAUAGUGUUGAAGUGACAGGAACACACUCACAGGAACCUCAGAGAAAAGUCAAUAUUACUCUCUGUAGCUCCCCUUCCAUCUCUUCGACCUUGUUGCUUUAUAUGCUUAAUACUUUGUCCCUUUAGAUGUAAAUCAUCACUUUAUCUCACUGGAAAAGAUGGGAUGAAGGGAGAUGGAGAGACAUACAUGCUCUUAGACAUUCUCUUCUUCAGAAAAUGUUACUGUGGGAGUGUUGCGUAACAGCAGUGCUCCUUUACCGUUAAACUGAUGUCCUGUCUAAAAAGGAAGGCUUGGCCACUGAAUAAUUCAAGAGACGAGAGAGUGGUUAGCCCUGGUUAGUGGUCUGACGUGACAUCGUUGAGAUAAACAGUGUUGUGGCCCUAGAAAGUCUGCCAGGCUGGUUUCUAACAUUACAUUUACAUUUUAGUUAUUUAGCAGACACUCUUAUCCAGAGCGACUUAAGAGUUAGCGUGUGUGAUAUGUAAUCCUAUAGCGUAGAGCGUCACUGUGGCUUUCUGUUCCAUCGAUCUGUUGUGCUCUGUACUGUUAUGCCCUCAGUUUCAACAGUAGGACUUUUGCCAGACUCCCACAGUAUAGGCACUACCUGCAUAAAGAUAACUGCUUGAUCACACUGUAUAACUAACUAUAUGUAGCUGUUUAUAAAUGGAUGCAGAUUAACCUCUUUUUGUGAGUGACUGGGAGCAUGGGAGUAUUGUAUGUUCUGUAUGUAACCUGUAUUUGUGCUGACUUGGCUGUGAGGGUUUGGGGUUAAAUCGAUAUCAAUGAUUUACCAGAAGACCAUUUGAGCUGAAUUAUUGACCAGGAGUCUCUAGUCUCUCUGUGUAGAAAUGAUCCAGUCUCCCAAACUAGAGCUAUGUCAAGUAAGCAUGCUAGCAGGUUGCAACUGUAUAAUAUAUAAAUAAAUAAUGAAGUAUUAUGCUACCAGUGCUCUUUAUUAUUACAAAUGAACAACAUAAAUAUUAGCCAACAGCUACGCAUAUCCUGUGAAAACUGGACAGAUACAGUAUAUUAGUUAUAGAGGAAGUACAUACCUUCAGGUACUACAGAACAAUAACAUUGACAGCAGUGGAGGCUGCUGAGGGGUGGACGGCUCAUAAUAAUUGCUGGAACGGAGCGAAUGGAAUGGCAUCAAACCAUGUGUUUGAUAUAUUUGAUACCAUUCCACUGACUCCUCUCCAACCAUUACCACGAGCCCGUCCGCCCCAAUUAAAGUGCCACCAACCUCCUGUGAUUGACAGAAUUCUGUUCCGCUUUUAGGAAACUGCAGUUAUAGGUAGAAUAUGCUGACUGAAGAAUGAGCGAUUUGGGGCUGUGUAUCAGUGUCUCUGAACUAGUUUUGUUCCUGUGUACCAGCAAUGAAUACAGACCUAGCCAUUCCCUCCCUGCUGACAUGGCCCUCUGAGUCAAAGCAGCCUGGGCCCACAGUGUUUUGUCACCCCAUCUUCACCUUCACUACCUGGCUGGGGCUAUGCUGCUCCCUGCGGGGGGUUCAGGCCCAUUAUCUAAUUAUUCUAAUACCAAUGAUGGGAGUUGAUGGGGUGAUAGAGCUGGGAAGGUACUUGGGGCGUAAGGAGUCAUUUGGAUGGCUGUGGCUUUUAUCUGAAGACUUGCUUCACUAAUGGUGGGUCAGGACCCAAAGUGUUUGUACCAUUCUGGUCUCUCGUCUGCGUUUCAGAUGAUCAUUUUUUCACUAUUCUGCACGUCUUUAUAGUGCUCAGACUACAUGCUGUACUAAAUUAAUGUACUGUUUUUGUGUGAGUAUGUCUAGCUCUUCUCUACUUUUGUGAUGGUUCUUUCAUUCAAUGGGAUAGGUUCUGUUCUGACUGUGACUCUGACUGUGUUGUUGCUCUGCUGCUCCUCCAGAUGAGAUCAUGCAGCAGGAGAGCAGUCCCCUCUGUGCAAUCGACAUCACCCCUGACCUCAGGAAGCAGUUUGCCUUCCUCUCAGGUAACACUUCCUGUCUGUCUGUCUGUCUGUCUGUCUGUCUGUCUGUCUGUCUGUCUGUCUGCCAUAAUACAGAUGUCUGCUAUAACACAGGACUGUACUGUUCUUCUACCUGAUAUAGUUCAGAGGAACGGUCUGCUUCACCCCUCAGGAUUUGCCAUUCAAAUUUCUCUUCUCCUGUUUUCCUGCUCAUCAUUUGUUUAUCAGCGUUAGUCCGGCUACAGUACACUGGGGCUCCUUCUCUUCACGACUGUGUGUUUGUUUAGUGUGUAUUUACAUAUGUGUAAAUCCGUUUCUGUUGCGUAUGAGCCAAAUAUGGAGUUUCUGUUUUUCAAGUUGUCUUGUCAAUUCAGUGUGUCUGUACUGCAUGCAUGGUAGAAGCUUUACAGAAAUCACCUAGGCUUGUGAGCAGACUUCCACAAAUGUUACUUAAUUGAAAAACUAAAUGGAUAAUAUAACGGAUACAAGUGUUGUAGCAUUGAUUCCUUCACCGAAUUCACCUCAUUUAACAGAAGACCCCCACCCCCGACACUUUGCCCCCUCUCUGUCCCCCUCUAUGUUCUACAUGGAAGGUCACCUUGGGGACUGCGGCAGAGUGUUUAUUGGAUGUUCUCUGCCUGUCGGCGUCCAUUUUGCGGAGAGCUUGCCUCUUCUCAGAUGCAGCAGAAUCAAAACAGACAGCUAAACGGUGACCGAGCAUUUGCUGUUGCUAGGGUGAUAAUAGAAGAGGGAAAAUAUUCUGAUCACAUGGGCUAAUAGUACACGCGUGUGUAUUUGUGUGACUAUUUCCCCCAUUUUCUAAGUGUCUGUGUGUGGGUUUAAACACUGCAGAACAUACCCGUCUUUCUCACCCUCCCCUCCUCUCUCUCUUUCUCGGUGUGUCUGUUGCUCUUUCUUUCUCUCUCACUUUACCCUAUUGCCCUAUCAAACUAGACUGGUUUGCCAGUUCCACUGGCGCCCUCUUGUGGUAAUCCCUGUCGAAGUUAUGUAAAGAAAAUUACCAAGGAAUGUGAGUCUUCUCGGUUCCAGUGAACUCUCUGUUUUAGUGAACUCUCUGUUCUUAACUCUUCCAUGUUUCUUUCCCAGGGGGGCGAGGGCAGAACGGCAGCCCCAUCAUCGUGUUCCCAGAGUUCCCUGCGUUCGGAGAGAUCCAGGAGAGGGAGUUCCACAACGUGCUCACAUACCUGACCAGCAUCCCCAGGUGAGAUUCUACAUACGACACACACACCCUUGCUUCUUCAGACACUUCCUGUGUCCGAGCUCCCUGCAUGUAUUAUUCCCAUGCUAACCAGUCAGAUCAGUCUAUUUUACAGGAAGGGAAUUGAGGAGUGGCAGAUGAAUAUUGAACAUGCUAGGGGGAAUUUAGGAGAUAUCAGAUGAAUGCAGAAGACGGUAACAUCUACUGCAGUUGAAACUUCUUUUUUUUUGUGUAAGAUUAUUGUUUAACAAUAUAAACCAUACAUAGACAAAAGACAAUAGACAGACAAACACAAACAUCAUUGACAUCACACCUGCUCAGACCCAUGUUCCCACCGCUUCCAUUUCCAGUGCAUGUAAGACUCUAUCCAGGGGUAUUCAACUCUUUCCCUACGAGGUCCGGCGCCUGCUGGUUUUCUGUUAAUUAAUUGCACACACCUGGUGUCACAGGUCUAAAUAAGUCCCUGACUAGAGGGGAACAAUGAAAAAUGCAGUGGGACUGGCUUCGAGGUCCAGAGUUCAGUUUGAGGGCUGUUCCAUAUGACCUCAAGUUGCGCUAUUCUGUUUCUCUCUGUAGCCCAUAUAUUUAAAUAAUAAUACAUUUGAUUUAUCCACUGUCUUAACGAUGGAGGGUCAUUUGAUUUCCAGUUUCUUUAAGCAAAAACAUGUUCUAAAUGAUUGAUGAGAAAAGUACAGUCCAACCCAUUGGGUACAUAUCUCACCUCAUCCUCAUAUGCCAUGUCUUGAAAUAUGCAGAUACAGAUUAAGUACAUUUAUACUGUAAAGCUUGUGACAGCCAACUUUCUAAUUCCGCCCAAUACUUUUGGACUUUAUAGCACUCCCACAAGGCAUGAAUCAUUGAAUUCCUCUUAGUUUUACACUUAAGACUCUGUCGUUGUGCUAUAGAAUUUGUGAAUUUUGUCUCUUGUAUAAUAUAUUCUGUACAUUAGUUUAUACUGGAUUAAGCGUACAUUUUCGUUAACUGUCGUUAGUUAUGUUCUUGGUUCCAAUAGUUUAUAUUCUUUUUCUGAGAGAUUGUCAGUUGGAUAGGCUUUCUGCAAGGUUUUGUAUAUCUUACCUAUCAUAUGAAUAUCAUUUUCUGACUAAAAAAAAUGUCCCUCAACAUUAAGCUGAUGUCCGAAAGAUUUCAGAUCGACAUUUUCUGAUAUAAAACUUUUAAGUUGCAUGUAUUAGAAAAUGUCUACAUUGGUCAGUCCAAAAUGGCUUUUUAAUUCUGUUAUGGAAAUAAUUGUAUUUCCUAUUAUUAUGUACUUUACGGUUUCUAUGCCUUUAGUUUUCCAUGUGGGACAAUUUAUCGAUCAAUUCUGAAAAGCUAUCCAAUGAUUGUUCCAUAGGGGUGUGUUUUUAGGGAGUGAUAUUAGUUCUUGUAGAAUCCCUUUUAUUUUCUUCCAUAUCAUCAGUGUUCUUAACUAUGAAGUUGUUAAUGUUCUUAGCUCCAUACCCUUUGAAAACAGACACGUGAAAAGAUUCUGGGAAGAGAAGCUUCCUUGUUCACCAUACAACGGGUAGGCAACGCUGGUCCUGGAGUACUGCACUUCAUGGUUUUGAUUUAACCGACUUGGAAGACCAAUUGUGUUGAAUUUAGGCAAUCACUGAACUGAUCAGUUGGUCAGGUGUGGCGCCUAGAUAGAACAAAAUCCUGCAGUACCUGCAGCACUCCAGGAACAGGGUGUCCUACCCCUGCCAUACAAUAUUGUUUAUACUGUAGGUUCAGCUCAUGGUAUAUCACAUAUUUUCAGUGCAAACCAAGUGUUAUCCUCAGCUCCUGUUGACUGCUGUAUAGAAAUGGCCAGCAGGUGUCACUAGCAGCUCAUAUACACUGCAUGCUGUUACAUUAAGCUUGAGGUAGAACCUUUUAACCACUGAUCUCCCCCUUCCCCCCAAUCCUAACCUCAACCAUUGGGGGGUAUUGUAAACAUCUUACCCUGUGUCAAUGGUUAGGGGCAUUCUCUAGCUACACUGGUUAAAAAAGGUCAUGUUUUUCUCUGCCUUAGGGCUUGGGUUUCUGCCUUACUAUUAUGUGGUCCUCUGUAGCUCAGCUGGUAGAGCACGGCGCUUGUAACGGCAAGGUAGUGGGUUCGAUCCCCGGGACCACCCAUACACAAAAAAUGUAUGCACGCAUGACUGUAAGACGCUUUGGAUAAAAGCAUCUGCUAAAUGGCAUAUUAUUAUUAUUAUUAUUAUUAUUAUUAUAUUAUUAUUAUUUUGUUUAGUGUGUCAGUGAGAGUGGUGGGUAAAUGGAUGUGUCUGGGCUGUCCCCUGUAGAGAUCUCUUAGUAGAGAGGGAGGAGGGGAGGUCUCAAUACACUCCUAAUUAGCUGGCCAAUGCAAUAACCCCAGCCUGUUAUCAUAUUACUGCAGAAUGUCUUUGUGUACUGAGAGACUGGGGAAGGGGGAGAAUAAAUGAGACCCCCCCCCCCCCCAUCUUCUCAAUAUCCUCCUCACAGGGAUUUCUGUCAACCUUUCCCUCUUUUUUUCCCCUGUCUACCUUUUCUCUUCUUAUCCUUUGCCCCUUUCUUUCUCUUUCUCCAGCUCCCCUUCCUUCCUUGUAUAGCUCCUUUCUCUCUCCUUCCUCUCUUCCUCACUCCAUCCUUGUCCGUUGAGGCAUGUAGUGGGUCUAAAAUAGAAACUGCAGUGGACCUGACUGUUUAGGUUUGAAUAAUGCUUGCAGAGAGCUGAGCUGCAGUACAUGCGCGUGAAUACACCAGCCAACAGACAAGCUCUUACACAUACUCCUGCACCUAACGGUGGCAUACAGGGUUGAAGCCACUUACACACAUUUACAUUUUUACAUUAAUGUCAUUUAGCAGACGCUCUUAUCCAGAGCGACUUACAAAUUGGUGCAUUCACCUUAUAGCCAGUGGGAUAACUGGAUUCCUUAAAGAGGUGGGGUUUCAAGUGUCUCCGGAAGGUGCUGUCCUGGCAUCGUGAGGGAGCUUGUUCCACCAAAAAAAAAAAAAAAAAAAAUUGGGGUGCAAGAGCAGCGAACAGUUUUGACUGGGCUGAGCGGGAACUGUGCUUCCGCAGAGGUAGGGGGGCCAGCAGGCCAGAGGUGGAUGAACGCAAUGCCCUCGUUUGGGUGUAGGGACUGAUCAGAGCCUGAAGGUACGGAGGUGCUGUUCCCCUCGCAGCUCCGUAGGCAAGCACCAUGGUCUUGUAGCAGAAGCGAGCUUCAACUGGAAGCCAGAGUGUGCGGAGGAGCGGGGUGACGUGAGAGAACUUGGGAAGGUUGAACACCAGACGUGCUGCGGCAUUCUGGAUGAGUUGUAGGGGUUUAAUGGCACAGGCAGGGAGCCCAGCCAACAGCGAGUUGCAGUAAUCCAGACGGGAGAUGACAAGUGCCUGGAUUAGGACCUGUGCCGCUUCCUGUGUAAGGCACACCUGGUCCACAUAUCCACAUCACAUUCUAAACUGGUGUAGAAGAGAUGUGUUGCAACCCCUGCAUGGCUUCUCUCCUGUGACUCUUUGAGGUCACUGCUGACAUCACAAACUUACAAAAAGUCAAAGUUGAGCUGAUAGAGAGAGGGCCUGAGGCUAAAGCUGCUCAGAGCAGACAGACAGAUGGCCAGGAAUUCCUCAGGGCAAUUUUGUGUGUGUGUGUGUGUGUCUUGACCUUGAAUACAGAACUAUUCAAUAUUUUCCACUUCAAUUUCAACCAGAAUACAUUUUGAUAAAUGUAUAUAUUCAUGAAAAUAAUUUGACAAAGUAUGUCCAUUUCAAAAUGAAGGUUUUUGGAGGGGGACUGUGAGUGCAUAAAAUUCCACAGUUUCAAAUUCCUUUUGAAGGCAUUCCCAAAUUUGAAUGAUUUUUCCUGUUUCUUGGUCUGCCGGCAUGAAAUUUAUCCGUAUUCUAAUCCCUUUUUCCCCUCCGGUGGGAAAAGCCCAUUUACGCUGCGGAUCGCCAAACACUCACUAAAUUAAUUAGCCGCCUGUGUCCUUGGGCAGACCAGGUUUCUUUCUCUCUCUCUCCCUUCCUUCUUUCCUUCCUCUCUCCCUCUCUCCCUUUAUGCUCCAAUCCUCUCUGGGUCUAGUUCAGAGUGGCUGCAGGUUGAGGUAGAACAAUGACAGGAGGAUUUGAGAGUGACUGAAACUUAAAGAGCUCUUAUAAAGCUUUUUUAAUCUGUUUUUAAUUUGAUUUACAGUCUGCCUGGCUUCAGGCAGUUAGAAGGGGUGGAGUAUGGCAUAGAGGGGGAGUGUGUGUUUGUGCGCACCCAUGCAGGAUUAAGCAGUCCCAUUCCAAAACACAGCUAGCAAGGGUUCCACAUACGUCAGACAACCGCCGCAAGAAAUCCAAUUAUUUAGACACCCCUCCAAGUGACUCCUUCACAAAUCAAUUAUAAACUCCACCAUGAAUAUUUAAAUUAAUCUAAUUUCACAUGCAUUAUUCUUCAAUAUGUUUCUGUGUCCAUUCAGCUGUGUGAGUGUGUGUUGCAGAAACUGCUUGUAUGGCAGAAACAAUCAAAUCCUAGAAGUGGUGAAUCAAUUCCUCUGUGUAUAGAUUACCCUUUCUGGCAGUUUUUUUCCAAACCCUGAAACCAUACAUACACUAUACAAAAGUAUGUGGACACCCCUUCAAAUUAGUGGAUCGGCUAUUUCAGCCACACCCGUUGCUGACGGGUAUAUAAAAUUGAGCACACAGCCAUGCAAUCUCCAUAGACAAACAUUGGCAGUAGAAUGGCCUUACUGAAGAGCUCAGUGACUUUCAACGUGGCACCGUCAUAGGAUGCCACCUUUCCAACAAGUCAGUCACAUUUCUGCCCUGCUAGAGCUGCCCCGGUCAACUGUAAGUGCUGUUACUGUGAAGUGGAAACGUCUAGGAGCAAUAACAGCUCAGCCACAAAGUGGUAGUCCACACAAGCUCACAGAACGGGACCACCGAGUGCUGAAGCACGUAGCGCGUAAAAAUCGUGUGUCCUCGGUUGCAACACUCACUACCGAGUUCCAAACUGCCUCUGGAUGCAACGUCAGAACAAGAACUGUAGGUCGGGAGCUUCAUGAAAUGGGUUUCUAUGGUCGAGCAGCCUCACACAAGCCUAAGAUCACCAUGCGCAAUGCCAAGCAUUGGCUGGAGUGGUGUAAAGCUCGCCGCCAUUGGACUCUGGAGCAGUGGAAACAAGUUCUCUGGAGUGAGGAAUCACUACUUCACCAUCUGGCAGUUCGACGGAUGAAUCUGGGAUGGGCGGAUGCCAGGAGAACGCUACCUGCCCCAAUGCAUAGUGCCUACUGUAAAGUUUGGUGGAGGAGGAAUAAUGGUUUAGGCCUCUUAGUUCCAGUGAGAGGAAAUCUUAACGCUACAGCAUACAAUGACAUUCUAGACGAUUCUGUGGUUCCAACUUUGUGGCAACAGUUUGGGGAAGGCCCUUUCCUGUUUCAGCAUGACAAUGCCCCCGUGCACAAAGCGAGGUCGAGAUCGGUGUAGAAGAACUUGACUGGCCUGCACAGAGCCCUGACCUCAACCCAUCGAACACCUUUGGGUUGAAUUGGAACACAGACUGCGAGCCAGGCUUAAUCGCCCAAAAUCAGUGCCUGACCUCACUAAUGCUCUUGUGGCUGAAUGGAAGCAAGUCCCCGCAGCAAUGUUCCAACAUCUAGUGGAAAGCCUUUCCAGAAGAGUGGAGGCUGUUAUAGCAGCAAAAGGGGGACCAACUCCAUAUUAAUGCCCAUGAUUUUGGAAUGAGAUGUUCGACUAGCCAUGUAGUGUACUUUUGGCCAUGUAGAGUAUGUGAUUCUUUGUGUUCUGAGACUAAGUAGCAAGCCUAGUUUAUCACAUAAUCUAUACUCUCUCUCUCUGCCCGAUUCUCUCUGUCUCUCUCUUGCUCUCUCGUACUGUCUUUUCAGCAUAAAUGACUAAACCAUUUCGGUCCUCAUAAAGGUCCCAGUGCUAGACCAUCUCUAUUCCUUUUCUCUCUCCUUUUUUUCCUUCCCUCCGUCUCUGUUGCUGAAAAGAACUGGUCUGCUCUUUUGAAUGCUUGAGCAGGUAGAAGAGAGCGAGAGAGGAUGAUGAAAGGGAGAAAGAGGGGAUGAAUUGAGAGAGUGAGAAUGAAAAACCUUUACAGAGAGAGAGAGAGAGACACUGCAGCUACCCUCCUCUCCAUCAGCCCAUCCCUCCCUCACAUCCCCAGGUCUGCUGACUGGCCACCGGGGCUGUCUGUCACCCCUCAGCUAGGCUGGGAUUGGCUAGUGGCACGGCAGUUCCUGGCACGUCAUUGGUUGAUCGGUGCAGUGGCGGAGGCUGGUUUCUGUGAUGGUCUUGCUCUCCCUCCAACACAACACAGCACCACAUACACAGAGACACCGGCAGAUCUGACUCUCAGGCAUCUAUUUUUCUCUUUUCUCCUUCUGUUUUCAGUUUCAAAAUGGAAUUAUUUAUCCCUUUUUCUCUAUUGGAGGAUUUAGAAUAGCAGAGUUGUUGUCGUGUGAGGAGGAGAGGAACCAUUGAGGAGGAGUGGAGACAUUCUGUUCAUCAGUUUGCUGUGAUCAGGCAGUAUGUGUGUUUUGCUGCUGAGGUGUGAGUACUCAUGUCACCUCUAAAAGGUGUGUUGUGUGUAUAGUUGAUUCUACUGACUGGCUACACUUGGGAUUGACUUUGAUUCCUCUACCUGAACCCCUUUCCUGAAACUACAGCAGGCAACCGUGAGAGAGGGUGCUGGUCUUACAACUCUUUAUCUUUCUCUGUGGAUUGGACCAGUAUCUUGAAGGAGCGUAUAGUUGAACAAACUGUCAUCCCCUCUCACCGUGGAUUAGGACAGUGUUUUUGAAGCAUCUUUACCUUGCCUGUACAUAAGUGGACUGAGCUGAGGGUAGGUCUCUACUCAGGCCUGACUGAUACAUUUUUACAUUUAACAUUUUAGUAUUUAGUAGACACUCUUAUCCAGAGCUACUAACAGUAGUGAGUGCAUACAUUUUCAUACUUUUUGUACUUGUCCAUGGGAAUCAAACCCACAACCCUGGCAUUGCAAGCGCCAUGCUCUACCAACUGAGCCACACGGGACAUACAGUACUAUACAUACUAGUGACACUGUUCAUUUAUUCUAUGGUCAUGUCCAGUCACUGUGGUCCUACUGAACCUUAUUCCUCUCUCUCCUUCCAGUCUCCAUCUGCGGUCUUGUUAUGGUCAUGUGUGCAGUGGAGUCAGGUGUUAGUGGUUGUGUUGACCGUGAUCCCAUCUCUUUUUUCCCAGUCUGUCUGCAGCAGGAGUGGGUUUUAUCCUGGUCAUUGACCGGCGACAGGACCGAUGGACAGCCGUCAAGGCGACCCUGCUCCGCAUUGCCGUAAGUAACCGUGUGUGUCUGGCUUUAUAAGGGGGAGUGUGUCUUUUGUGUCUAUGCCUCUAUGUGUGUGAAAUACAUUUCUUUAAUCAUGUGUUGAGUGGAGCAGCAGGUUUGAGAGGCCCCAUCCUUACACUGUCAGCCAGAGGGCAGAGGGGGUUUGGCAGACAAGAGGUGUCAGAACACCUCCUCCUCUUCUCAGAGCUCUACAUCUGUGCCACAACGGAGGGAUUAAUAUCACAACUGCCCUAGGGGGCAGAUAUGAACCUACCCCCCCACAUACACACACACACACACACAGGCACCAGCCGAUUCAGCCCUGUUACUCCCCUGCCUCGGGGGCAGAAUAAACAGCCAAAACAAGGAGGAUGAGAGAGAUGAGAGAGAUGUGUUCUCCCCACAUUACAAGAAAGCAUGCUGGAAGGAUAGUGUCUUUUUAGUUUCACACUGUAAACCAUGUUUUGAUGAAUACUGUAUGAAUAAUCUAUAGAAAAUGUGUAGAUACAGAAUGGGGACAAAUGGCACAAAGCUUACUCCACAGGAAAACACUGACACUGACUUUAAUGGAUAAAGAUGGAAAGAAAUCUUAGGUCUGUGUGUGUUUCCCAUGCUGUGAUAGUGAUGAGGUAGCUGUUGUAUCUCUCUCGAGCCCCACUAAACUCUCUCUCCUCAUUUCACUCACUCUCUUUGUUUCAGCUACUAUCUCUUUGUUCAUAUCUUCCUUCAUCCCUUUUCUCUCUCUUUCAAUUCAUUUAUGCCACUUUACAGAUAUAUACUAUCUUAAUUUGACCAGUUUCUCACAGCAGGAAAAUAAUCCUACAGUAACAAGAAAUGUGAAUUAUUAUGUGGAUUAUAAAUAAAGGCUGACUGCCCUUCGUGAUUUAGCCUCAUGCUAGUGACCAUGGCUGAAUUCAAAUGUGAGUUGGUAUCGGGGUGUGGUUUGAUGUGGGUGUCUCGCGUGUGUUCACAUGUGGUAAGAGUUAGCCAAAAUAUUUUGGCAAUUAGCUUCAGCCGGCUGGUGUGCGACUGUGGCAAAGUUGGUUUGACUUUGGAUAGCCUAUCUCUGGGUAUAGUUAGGGACCAUCAAUAAAUAACACUAUGUAAAUGGGACAAUAUUUUAAUGUUGCACAUAUUUUAGUUGUCUCAUUAAAUGCUUUCAAUAUUUGUAUAUGAAUUUCUACAAUUUUAUAGUUGGUUUGAGGUUUUUAAAUCAUUGAAAUUUGGAGCUAUUGACCUUUUAAAAAUAUUGUCCCAUGUACAUUGUGUAAUUUACUGAUGGUCCCUAACUAGCCCCAUAGGGAAAUCGAAUGUCACACCAAAUUGACCAUGGGCAUUAUGAUCGGGGCGUGUGCAGCUGCGCUCUGAAUUGAUAAUUACUUGGGUGCUGCCAGCUGUGGGCAUGUGGCCAGGAUUCAAAUAAACCCAACCUAGGAAAACUGUUACGGUACCCUUCAUUCCGUGACAUACCAUUUUUUCCUAUCAUCUCAUAAAUCUCAGUUUUGGACGAGACUGACUUUAUGACCAAAACUAUCCUAUUUACAAAGUUUGUAGUCAAUUUUGACAUUAGAAUAAAUGUUUCUGACUUAUAUCGAUGCGACAUAGGCUGUUUUCAAAAAGAGAAGUUGCGUUUUAGGGGCAGUUGCAAUUUAAUGGACAUUUGUGUAGGGGUUGUUACGAUAAAUCAAGUCUGACAUUUUAAAGUGGAAAUUACCAACUUUAGAAGCCUUUUUAAACCUUUAAUACACUACAGUUUGCAUUUCCUGCUGUGCAGGAAAAUUCUCUGUGACAACAAAGUGAUCAAAUUAAGAUAGACGCAUUGGUAGUUUAGCAACAAAACCAACAUGUGCGCAACUAUGGGGCAAAACAGACAGGGUUGGCUUAGAUUGUUGAUAACAGGUCAACUAUAUUUUGUCUCCAAAUGUUUGUUGAAAACAAAUACAUUUGCACAAUGAGCACUUGUUGUCUCUCAAAUACAUCGUUACAGUUGUUGGUUAGCUAGCUAGCAAAUUUGAGCCGUAUUAGCAUAGACUUGACAUCAGUCAAAACACCUCAAAACAAGACAUGGUAUCAAUAACAAAAUACAACGAGCUGAAACUAGCCACCUACUAUUCCCCACAUGGCAGCUUCUUGUCAUUGUUGCCAGAUAUCUGACCGUUAAGAAUCAUACCAACGCACGCCUUGCAGCCACAUCAAUGCGCGUGCAUCAUUUUCGUGACAUUGUCAGCAGAUCUGUAUAUCACCCCUUAUCUUUCCAUUGCUCUCUCCUUUAGGCCUUUGUGGUUCAGAAUGAGGAGAAUGUGUAAAAGAAAAGAUGAUCGAGGGAGUCUUUUCUCUCUCUUUCUCUUCAGCCUGUUGUUUCCUCUCCAGUCACAACUGGUGUCUCUCUUGCUCUCUCACUCCCUGUUUCCUGCUAGAUGACAGAUUGCUGGCAGCUGAAUACAGUGUGUGAGCUGUGAGGGAUAUUAUCUCUGCAUUGGUGAUUAGCUUUCAAAGUGUGUUUGUUUAUUUGUGCUGAGUUGAUACAUGGUUUUAGCGCCUUAUUAAUAGCACAGGAUUUCCAAUUGCUUUUUUUGUUCACAAUUACAACACCAUUUAUGAGAUCCUUCAGAACUUUAUUAAGUAAGUAACUAUAUGGACCUGCAUCAUUCAUAUUUAUUUUAAUCAAUACCUACAGUGGGGAGAACAAGUAUUUGAUACACUGCCGAUUUUGCAGGUUUUCCUACUUACAAAGCAUGUAGAGGUCUGUCAUUUUUUAUCAUAGGUACACUUCAACUGUGAGAGACGGAAUCUAAAACAAAAAUCCAGAAAAUCACAUUGUAUGAUUUUUAAGAAAUUAAUUUUGCAUUUUAUUGCAUGACAUAAGUAUUUGAUCACCUACCAACCAGUUAAGAAUUCCGGCUCUCACAGACCUGUUAGUUUUUCUUUAAGAAGCCCUCCUGUUCUCCACUCAUUACCUGUAUUAACUGCACCUGUUUGAACUCGUUACCUGUAUAAAAGACACCUGUCCACACACUCAAUCAAACAGACUCCAACCUCUCCACAAUGGCCAAGACCAGAGAGCUGUGUAAGGACAUCAGGGAUAAAAUUGUAGACCUGCACAAGGCUGGGAUGGGCUACAGGACAAUAGGCAAGCAGCUUGGUGAGAAGGCAACAACUGUUGGCGCAAUUAUUAGAAAAUGGAAGAAGUUCAAGAUGACGGUCAAUCACCCUCGGUCUGGGGCUCCAUGCAAGAUCUCACCUCGUGGGGCAUCAAUGAUCAUGAGGAAGGUGAGGGAUCAGCCCAGAACUACACGGCAGGACCUGGCCAAUGACCUGAAGAAAGCUGGGACCACAGUCUCAAAGAAAACCAUUAGUAACACACUACGCCGUCAUGGAUUAAAAUCCUGCAGCGCACGCAAGGUCCCCCUGCUCAAGCCAGCGCAUGUCCAGGCCCGUCUGAAGUUUGCCAAUGACCAUCUGGAUGAUCCAGAGGAGGAAUGGGAGAAGGUCAUGUGGUCUGAUGAGACAAAAAUAGAGCUUUUUCGUCUAAACUCCACUCGCCGUGUUUGGAGGAAGAAGAAGGAUGAGUAUAACCCCAAGAACACCAUCCCAACCGUGAAGCAUGGAGGUGGAAACAUCAUUAUUUGGGGAUGCUUUUCUGCAAAGGGGACAGGACGACUGCACCGUAUUGAGGGGAAGAUGGAUGGGGCCAUGUAUCGCGAGAUCUUGGCCAACAACCUCCUUCCCUCAGUAAGAGCAUUGAAGAUGGGUCGUGGCUGGGUCUUCCAGCAUGACAACGACCCGAAACACACAGCCAGGGCAACUAAGGAGUGGCUCCGUAAGAAGCAUCUCAAGGUCCUGGAGUGGCUUAGCCAGUCUCCAGACCUGAACCCAAUAGAACAUAUUUGGAGGGAGCUGAAAGUCCAUAUUGCCCAGCGACAGCCCCGAAACCUGAAGGAUCUGGAGAAGGUCUGUAUGGAGGAGUCGGCCAAAAUCCCUGCUGCAGUGUGUGCAAACCUGGUCAAGACCUACAGGAAACGUAUGAUCUCUGUAAUUGCAAACAAAGGUUUCUGUACCAAAUAUUAAGUUCUGCUUUUUUGAUGUAUCAAAUACUUAUGUCAUGCAAUAAAAUGCAAAUUAAUUACUUAAAAAUCAUACAAUGUGAUUUUCUGGAUUUUUGUUUUAGAUUCCGUCUCUCACAGUUGAAGUGUACCUAUGAUAAAAAUUACAGAUCUCUACAUGCUUUGUAAGUAGGAAAACCUGCAAAAUCGGCAGUGUAUCAAAUACUUGUUCUCCCCACUGUAUAUCCUAAGUGCUGUUUAACCCCAUAUGACUGCAUUCUUGGUUUCAGCACCACCGUUAUGUGGACAGAGCUGUCUCACUCACACACACACAGAAUAAUUGACACAAAAGCCUCAUCUUAGAGUUUCACUGAACUGAAGAGAAUGUGUGGCAGAGAGAUGAUUAUCCUAGACAGAGGAAGAUAUAUAGAGAGCGAUGAAUAUGAACACCCAGGCUCCACUGGGACAUGGAAUGCUCCCUCCCUCAUUUCAAAUUGAAAGCUUUAUUAAUCCCACAAGGGGGGGCAUUACAGCCUGACAGGCUGGUAAUGGGAGGCAUGUAGUGCAUUGCCAUGCAUGGGUGGUUUUCAGACUGGGAGAGACAGGCAGAGAGAUGGGGAGAGAGCAGCAGUUGUUUAUGGUGUGGUCCCUAAUUAAAAGCCUAUAGGGUUACUUUGGUUUCACUCACUCCCUAGAGACAUACUGUCUACACUCCCACUCACCAGCCUGAUGUGUGUGCACGUGUGCGUGUGUAUACCUGUCUGUUUCUACUGUUUUCGACCAGAACCAGUGGGCCAUGACCGCAAUUACCAACCCACCAGGGGCGUCCAGUCAGAAGGUUACGGUCGAACGGUUACAACCCUCAUCUGGGAGUCAGACUAGUUCCUUAUAUAUACGGUCUUCUAAAUCCACCCAACCACCCUUUUCAAAACAACUUCUACUGAAUUGCAUUACAUUCAUUUCUUCCUCUGCCUUGCUUGUUUCCAGCGGAUGUUGUGGUUUUGUAGGGUACAUUGCUAGUGAAUGGCCAGUUUCUUUCAUAGUGACUGUACUGUAGUGUCAAAGGUCAUUAAGAGCUCUCUCUAGUUGGGCUGCAGAGAGGAACAGUUUAUAAAUUCAUUCAUUCCAUUAAGUUUGUGUAUUCCCUACUGGAGUCUUAGAUCUGUCAUUUCUGCUUAGGCCAGCGUUCUCUGUCUCUCUCCAAUCAAUCAAACCCCUGUGUGUGUGUGUGUGUGUGUGUGUGUGUGUGUGUGUGUGUGUGUGUGUGUGUGUGUGUGUGUGUGUGUGUGUGUGUGUGUGUGUGUGUGCUACAUUAACUUACGCAUCAAUUCUGUAAUGGGAAUCUGUCCCCACCACCGGCUAAAGCAAUAAUAUUGAUCUUGCUGUGGCUUUAUGUGUACAGUUUGAGUCUUACCUCAUCAGAACUAGCAGGCUUCAGGGAUAUACACUGUAUGCUAAUUUGGCUCUGAAUUAUAAUGUCUCGGGGUCUGCUUUUUAAUAGUCUCUCUCUGACCCGCCAAGGUCUUUGUCUCUCAGCUUUAUUCUACCCUUAAAGUGUGUGUGUGUGUGUGUGUGCGCGUGCAUGUGAGUGAUAGCUGCUACAUUAUGAAUGCAGUGGCAUCUUGGUAAAUGUCACUGCCUGCUAUCCUGAGGUAUCAAAUGUCCUUAUUAUGCCUUUCACUGAUACCUGUGUGUGUGUGUGUGUGUGUGUGUGUGUGUGUGUGUCCAUGCCUAUGUGUCUCACAGGAUGUCUCUUACUAUUGGGUUGUCUAGACUGAGAGCAAAGGGGGAUGCAGUCUACUCCUGUAUUAUAGAAGUUCAUCCACCCUUCUCUCUACCUCAUCCCACUCUCUACCCCUCUCCCCUCUCUUUCUUCCCCUCUCUCUGUGUGUAGGGUUCGUUCCCAGGGAACCUGCAGUUGGUUCUGGUAUUGAGGCCCACCACCUUAUUCCAGAGGACUCUCUCAGACAUCCUGUUCAAGUUCAACAAGGAUGAGUUCAAGAUGAAGGUGCCGGUACGUACAGACAGCAGCCGACGGACGCACGCACGCACGCACGCACCACCACACACACACACACACACACACACACACACACACACACACACACACACACACACACACACACACACACAGACACAUUCAUAGACUACAUUCACCAUUUACGUUUUUCUAUCCUAAAUUGAUGCUUGUGUGUGUGUAGGUGAUUAUGCUGAGUUCUGUGACUGAGCUCCACUCCUACAUAGACCGGACACAACUGACUACUGAGCUGGGAGGAACCCAGGAGUACUGCCACGAGAAGUGGAUCUCACACCGCACUGUGAGUAAACACACACACAAGUGCUGCAAAGAAGACCUAGUUAAGCUGCAGUUGGCCCAGAACAGAGUUGCACGUCUUGCUUUUCAUUGUAAUCAGAGGGCUAAUAUUAAUUAUAUGCAUUCCAGUCUCUCUUGGCUAAGAGUUGAGGAAAGACUGACUGUGUCACUUCUUGUUUUUAUAAGAAACAUUAAUGUGUUGGAAAUUCCUAAUUGUUUGCAUAGUCAACUUACAUACACACUUACCCCACCAGACAUGCCAACAGGGGUCUUUUCACAGUCCCCAGGUACAGAACAAAUUCAAGGAGAAAAGUACAGUAUUAUACAGAGCCAUGAGUGCAUCGAACUCCCUUCCAUCUUAUGUAGCGCAAGUGAACAGCAAACCUGGUAUAAAAAAACAAAUAAAUCAACACCUCACGGCACAAUGACUCUUCCCCAAUGUGACCUACUUGUUGUGUGUAUGUACUGACAUGUACAGUUGAAGUCGGAAGUUUACAUACACCUUAGCCAAAUACAUUUAAACUCAGUUUUUCACAAUUCCUGACAUUUAAUCCUAGGGAACGUUCCCUGUCUUAGGUCAGUUAGGAUCACCACUUUAUUUUAAGAAUGUGAAAUGUCAGAAUAAUAGUAGAGAGAAUGAAUUAUUUCAGGUUUUAUUUCUUUCAUCACAUUCCCAGUGUGUCAGAAGUUUACAUACACUCAAUUAGUAUUUUGUAAAAUUGCCAUUAAAUUGUUUAACUUGGGUCAAGCGUUUCAGGUAGCCUUCCACAAGCUUCCCACAAUAAGUUGGGGGAAUUUUGGCCCAUUCCUCCUGACAGACCUGGUGUAACUGAGUCAGGUUUGAAGGCCUCUAUAGGAUUGAGGUCAGGGCUUUGUGAUGGCCACUCCAAUACCUUAACUUUGUUGUCCUUAAGCCAUUUUGCCACAACUUUGGAAGUUUGGAAGACCCAUUUGCGACCAAGCUUUAACUUCCUGACUGAUGUCUUGAGAUGUUGCUUCAAUAUAUCCACAUAAUUUUCCUUCCUCAUGAUGCCAUCUAUUUUGUGAAGCAUGCACCAGUCCCUCUUGCAGCAAAGCACCCCCACAGCAUGAUGCUGCCACCCCGUGCUUCACAGUUGGGAUGGUGUUCUUCGGCUUGCAAGCACCCCCUUUUUCCUCCAAAUAUAACAAUGGUCAUUAUGGCCAAACAGUUCUAUUUUUGUUUCAUCAGACCAGAGGACAUUUCUCCAAAAAAAAUUGAUCUUUGUCCCCAUGUGCAGUUGCAACCCGUAGUCUGGCUUUUUUAUGGUGGUUUUGGAGCAGUGGCUUCUUCCUUGCUGAGCGGCCUUUCAGAUUAUGUCGAUAUAGGACUCGUUUUACUGUGGAUAUAGAUACUUUUGUACCUGUUUCCUCCAGCAUCUUCACAAGGUCCUUUGCUGUUGUUCUGGGAUUGAUUGCACUUUUCGCACCAAAGUACGUUAAUCUCUAGGAGACAGAACCCGUCUCUUUCCUGAGCGGUAUGACUGCUGCGUGGUCCCAUGGUGUUUAUACUUGCGUACUAUUGUUUGUACAGAUGAAUGUGGUACCUUCAGGUGUUUGGAAAUUGCUCCCAAGGAUGAACCAGACUUGUGGAGGUCUACAAAUUUUUUUCUGAGGUCUUGGCUGAUUUCUUUAGAUUUUCCCAUGAUGUCAAGCAAAGAGGCACUGAGUUGAAGGUAGGCCUUGAAAUACAUCCACAGGUUCACCUCCAAUUGACUCAAAUGAUGUAAAUUAGCCUAUCAGAAGCUUCUAAAGCCAUGACAUAAUUCUCUGGAAUCUUCCUAGAGCUGGCCGUUUGGCCAAACUGAGCAAUCGGGGACAAGGUUCUUGGUCAGGGAGGUGACCAAGAACCCGAUGGUCACUCUGACAGACCUCCAGAGUUCCUCUGUGAAGAUGGUAGAACCUUCCAGAAGAACAACCAUCUCUGCAGCACUCCACCAAUCAGGCCUUUAUGGUAGAGUGUCCAGACGGAAGCUACUCCUCAGUAAGAGGCACAUGACAGCCCGCUUGGAGUUUGCCAAAAGGCACCUAAAGGACUCUCAGAACAUGAGAAACAAGAUUCUCUGGUCUGAUGAAACCAAGAUUGAACUCUUUGGCCUGAAUGCCAAUCGUCACAUCUGGAGGAAACCUGGCACCAUCCCUACGGUGAAGCAUGGUGGUGGCAGCAUAAUGCUGUGGGGAUGUUUUUCAUCGGCAGGGACUGGGAGACUAGUCAGGAUCGAGGGAAAGAUGAACAGAGCAAAGUACAGAGAGAUCCUUGAUGAAAACCUGCUCCAGAGUGCUCAGGACCUCCGUCUGGGGCGAAGGUUCACCUUUCAACAGGACAACGUCCCUAAGCACACAGCCAAGACAACGCAGGAGUGGCUUUGGGACAAGUCUCUGAAUGUCCUUGAGUGGCCCAGCCAGAGCCCAGACUUGAACCCGAUCUAACAUCUCUGGAGAGACUUAAAAAUAGCUGUACAGCGACGCUCCCCAUCCAACCUGACAGAGCUUGAGAGGAUCUGCAGAGAAGAAUGAGAGAAACUCCCCAAAUACAGGUGUACCAAACUUGUAGCGUCAUUCCCAAGACGACUCGAACUGUAAUCGCUGCCAAAGGUGCUUCAACAAAGUACUGAGUAAAGGGUCUGAAUACUUAUGUAAAUGAACUAUUUUAGUUUUAUUUAGUUUUUUUAAAUGAGCAAAAAUUUAUUAAAACCUGUUUUUGCUUUGUAAUUAUGGGUAUUGUGUGUAGAUUGAUGAGGGGAAAAAACUAUUUAAUCAAUUUUAGAAUAAGGCUGUAACGUAACAAAAUGUGGAAAAAGUCAAGGGGUCUGAAUACUUUCCGAAUGCACUGUAUAUGUAACUGAUAGAUACACACAUACACACACUACAUGUUAAUGUUUUUUAAUGUAUGUAAAUUGUAAAGUAUUUUGUCUGUAAUGUAUUUUUCGUUAUGUGUCGGACCCCAGUAAGACUAGCUGUUGAAAAGGUGAAUGUAAGAAGUGAACAUCAUUUCAAAUAGGCUACAUGUGAUAUUAAACUGCAUUUAAACACACUAAAUACAGUGGGGGAAAAAAGUAUUUAGUCAGCCACCAAUUGUGCAAGUUCUCCCACUUAAAAAGAUGAGAGAGGCCUGUAAUUUUCAUCAUAGGUACACGUCAACUAUGACAGACAAAAUGAGAAAAAAAAAUCCAGAAAAUCACAUUGUAGGAUUUUUUAAUGAAUUUAUUUGCAAAUUAUGGUGGAAAAUAAGUAUUUGGUCAAUAACAAAAGUUUCUCAAUACUUUGUUAUAUACCCUUUGUUGGCAAUGACACAGGUCAAACGUUUUCUGUAAGUCUUCACAAGGUUUUCACACACUGUUGCUGGUAUUUUGGCCCAUUCCUCCAUGCAGAUCUCCUCUAGAGCAGUGAUGUUUUGGGGCUGUCGCUGGGCAACACGGACUUUCAACUCCCUCCAAAGAUGUUCUAUGGGGUUGAGAUCUGGAGACUGGCUAGGCCACUCCAGGACCUUGAAAUGCUUCUUACGAGACCACUCCUUCGUUGCCCGGGCGGUGUGUUUGGGAUCAUUGUCAUGCUGAAAGACCCAGCCACGUUUCAUCUUCAAUGCCCUUGCUGAUGGAAGGAGGUUUUCACUAAAAAUCUCACGAUACAUGGCCCCAUUCAUUCUUUCCUUUACACGGAUCAGUCGUCCUGGUCCCUUUGCAGAAAAACAGCCCCAAAGCAUGAUGUUUCCACCCCCAUGCUUCACAGUAGGUAUGGUGUUCUUUGGAUGCAACUCAGCAUUCUUUGUCCUCCAAACACGACGAGUUGAGUUUUUACCAAAAAGUUCUAUUUUGGUUUCAUCUGACCAUAUGACAUUCUCCCAAUCCUCUUCUGGAUCAUCCAAAUGCACUCUAGCAAACUUCAGACGGGCCUGGACAUGUACUGGCUUAAGCAGGGGGACACGUCUGGCACUGCAGGAUUUGAGUCCCUGGCGGCGUAGUGUGUUACUGAUGGUAGGCUUUGUUACUUUGGUCCCAGCUCUCUGCAGGUCAUUCACUAGGUCCCCCCGUGUGGUUCUGGGAUUUUUGCUCACCGUUCUUGUGAUCAUUUUGACCCCACGGGGUGAGAUCUUGCGUGGAGCCCCAGAUCGAGGGAGAUUAUCAGUGGUCUUGUAUGUUUUCCAUUUCCUAAUAAUUGCUCCCACAGUUGAUUUCUUCAAACCAAGCUGCUUACCUAUUGCAGAUUCAGUCUUCCCAGCCUGGUUUAGGUCUACAAUUUUGUUUCUGGUGUCCUUUGACAGCUCUUUGGUCUUGGCCAUAGUGGAGUUUGGAGUGAGACUGUUUGAGGUUGUGGACAGGUGUCUUUGAUACUGAUAACAAGUUCAAACAGGUGCCAUUAAUACAGGUAACGAGUGGAGGACAGAGGAGCCUCUUAAAGAAGAAGUUACAGGUCUGUGAGAGCCAGAAAUCUUGCUUGUUUGUAGGUGACCAAAUACUUAUUUUCCACCAUAAUUUGCAAAUAAAGUCAUUAAAAAUCCUACAAUGUGAUUUUCUGGAUUUUUUUUCUCAAUUUGUCUGUCAUAGUUGACGUGUACCUAUGAUGAAAAUUACAGGCCUCUCUCAUCUUUUUAAGUGGGAGAACUUGCACAAUUGGUGGCUGACUAAAUACUUUUUUCCCCCACUGUAAAUGCGCAUAUAGGCUGUGACUUACUUAGAAUUAAAUACAAAUUAAACGAAAAAUUACUUAUUAGUACCUUUGAAUUCAUUUUUAGAAUUCAUUUUUAGAAACACAAGUUUGGCCAGUCUGUGGCUUCAGGCCAGCAGCGGAGAAUAUCAUCUCCACACUUGCAGAGCCACUGGGGAUGCUAAACACCCUUUUGGCCACUCUGCCAGGCUGGGCAGUAAUGCAGUAAUGCAGUAAUGCAGUUUUCUUUUUAUUUAGAUAGGCCUAAAGGUUUUUAGGCAAAAAAACCCAAUCAAAACGGAAAUCUCCUUGAACGUUUGGAAUAUGCCAGGCCUAUUGGGCCAAAAUCAAUGAUGGCCUACUGUAAAGAUAAUAGAACGAAAAUGAACGAAACGUUUAAGAGAUCUGAUUUAUAAAUACUUUGCUACAAUGACACACUUAGUUAUCUACCCACCUCGUUCAUUUCUUUUAGCAUGUACACAUAGUAAGUAGACCAUCAUGCUUUUGGGAUAAGUGUCUUUUCAGAUUCCACAAUGAUUCUUUAGAUGUGGACACUCCAUCACCGCUCUUGGUCCUCAUUUUUGUAAGCCACCUUGAUUUAGCACCUGUGUGUUUUAUCAGUUUCUUUAUGAAAAUAUUUAGCGAACUCCAUGACAGUAGCUAAAGCAAGGGGCUAUAGCAGGACACAAGAAGACUACAACUGCAUGCUGGGCCGUGCAUGCCCUGAACUGAAGUGAGCGCUACUGGAGCGAAAUUGGAGCGGGCGAGAAGGCCGACGCUCCAGCCUUUGGGAAUCUCACUCCACUCUCCAGUCAAAUUGGGCACGCUCUGCUCCGCUCCGCUCACAUACUCUGGCAUGGGCUAAUGGGGAUCCUAAUUCAUCAAAAUCAAACACACACACACAGAGAUACACAUCCAGCAAACAAACAACCAACAAAUACACAGUGAACACACAACAUAAACACUAGAACCAUGGCCCAGUUCCCUAGUGUUGGACUAAUAACCUUUUUCCCAGUCAAGCUAUGCAUGUUAUUAUCUAACAAUGUAUUAUAUCCAUCUGUGUGAAGGCCAUUGAGGGCUUUGCUCUGAUGGUAAAGAGAACAGCUCAGAUCCUGCAGUCGUUUGGGACAAAGCUAGCAGAGACUGAACUACCCAACGACAUCCAGGCUACCAGCAACCUACUGGGGACACACACCAACAAGAAGAGCAAGAUGAAGGUACAGAGCACACACACACACUCUCCUCCAGGAAGAUGAAUACACAAAAUAAUAUGAUGGGUUAAAUCUACGUAAAUCAUUGUCUUAUUGUCUUUAUCCCACACCACUGAUAUCAGCGUGAUGGUGUUGGUGUGUGGAUCUGAUUCCCCUGAUGUGUUUGUGCCUCCAGGAGGAUCUGCUGGUGGCUUUAGGACAGGGCAGCAGACUGUUGGAGAGUAUUAAUGAACCAGUGGUUAGAGACCCAGACCACAACAUGAACCAGGACGAACUGGAGAACCUGGCCACCGUACAGAGGUUAGAACACACUGGGAACCAUGAACACUGGGGUUAGAACACACACUGCGAACCUUGAACACUGGGGUUGGAAAAGAUGGCGCCGGAGGGGAUGGCUGCCGUUUUAUGGACUCUUAACCAACUGUGCUAUUUUGUGUGUUUUUUCGCAUUGUUUGUAACUUAUUUUGUACAUAAUUUUGCUGCUACCGUCUCUUAUGACCGAAAAGAGCUUCUGGACAUCAGAACAGCGAUUACUCACCUUGAACUGGACGAAUAAUUUUUCUUAAAUGAGUCGGACAAGAGGGAUUUUCUCCAGACACCCGACAGGGCCCUCAUCCCCGUCAUUCGCAGUAGAAAGAAAAGGAGAUAUCGCGGAAGGAGAACGGGGUGCUUGGUAAGGAGCCGGCGACGAGUGGCUAACCUGCCUUUGCCAUCGAUGCUAUUGGCCAAUUUACAAUCGCUUGAUGAUAAAGUGGACGAACUACAGGAACAAAUAUCCUACCAACGGGACAUUAAAAACGGUAAUAUCUUAUGUUUCACUGAGUCGUGGCUGAACGAAGACGUGAAUAACAUACAGCUGGCUGGUUAUACACUGUAUCGGCAGGAUAGAACAGCAGCCUUGUAAGACAAGGGGUGGCGGUCUAUGUAUAUUCGUAAACAACAGCUGUUGCACGAUAUCUAAGGAAGUCUUGAGGUUUUGCUCGCCUGAGGUUAAGUAUCUCAUGAUAAGCUGUAGACCACACUAUGUACCAAGAGAGUUUUCAUCUAUAUUCUUCGUAGCUGUCUAUUUACCACCACAAACCGAUGCUGGCACUAAGACCGCACUCAAUGAACUGUAUACGGCCAUAAGCAAACAGGAAAACACUCAUCCAGAGGCGGCGCUCCUAGUGGCCGGGGACUUUAAUGCAGGGAAACUUAAAUCUGUUUUACCUCAUUUCUACCAGCAUGUUAAAUGUGCAACCAGAGGGGAAAAAAAACUCUAGACCACGUUUACUCCACACACAGAGACGCAUACAAAGCUCUCCCUCGUCCUCCAUUUGGCAAAUCUGACCAUAAUUCUAUCCUCCUGAUUCCUGCUUACAAGCAAAAACUAAAGCAGGAAGCACCAGUGACUCGGUCAAUAAAAAAGUGGUCAGAUGAAGCAGAUGCUAAGCUACAGGACUGUUUUGCUAGCACAGACUGGAAUAUGUUCCGGGAUUCUUCCGAUGGCAUUGAGGAGUACACCACAUCAGUCACUAGCUUCAUCAAUAAGUGCUUCGAUUACGUCGCCCCCACAGUGACUGUACCUACAUACCCCAACCAGAAGCCAUGGAUUACAGGCAACAUCCGCACUGAGCUAAAGGAUAGAGCUGCCGCAUUCAAGGAGCGGGACUCUAACCCGGAAGCUUAUAAGAAAUCCCGCUAUGCCCGCCGACAAACCAUCAAACAGGCAAAGCGUCAAUACAGGACUAAGAUCGAAUCGUACUACACCGGCUCCGACGCUCGUCGGAUGUGGCAGGGCUUGCAAACUAUUACAGACUACAAAGGGAAGCACAGCCGUGAGCUGCCCAGUGACACGAGCCUACCAGAUGAGCUAAAUUACUUCUAUGCUCGCUUCGAGGCAAGUAACACUGAAACAUGCAUGAGAGCAUCAGCUGUUCCGGACGACUGUGUGAUCACACUCUCCGUAGCCGAUGUGAGUAAGACCUUUAAACAGGUCAACAUUCACAAGGCCGCAGGGCCAGACAGAUUACCAGGAAGUGUACUCCGAGCAUGCGCUGACCAACUGGCAAGUGUCUUCACUGACAUUUUCAACCUGUCUGAGUCUGUAAUACCAAUAUGUUUCAAGCAGACCACCAUAGUCCCUGUGCCCAAGAACACUAAGGUAACCUGCCUAAAUGAAUACCGACCCGUAGCACUCACAUCUGUAGCCAUGAAGUGCUUUGAAAGGCUGGUCAUGGCUCACAUCAACACCAUUAUCCAAGAAACCCUAGACCCACUCCAAUUUGCAUACCGCCCAACAGAUCCACAGAUGAUGUAAUCUCUAUUGCGCUCCACACUGCCCUUUCACACCUGGACAAAAGGAACACCUAUGUGAGAAUGCUAUUCAUUGACUACAGCUCAGUGUUCAACACCAUAGUGCCCUCAAAGCUCAUCACUAAGCUAAGGACCCUGGGACUAAACACCUCCCUCUGCAACUGGAUCCUGGACUUCCUGACGGGCCGCACCCAGGUGGUAAGGGUAGGUAACAACACAUCCGCCACGCUGAUUCUCAACACGGGGGCCCCUCAGGGGUGCGUGCUCAGUCCCAUCCUGUACUCCCUGUUCACUCAUGACUGCAUGGCCAGGCACGAUUCCAACACCAUCAUUAAGUUUGCCGAUGACACAACAGUGGUAGGCCUGAUCACCGACAACGACAAGACAGCCUAUAGGGAGGAGGUCAGAGACCUGGCCGUGUGGUGCAACCUCUCCCUCAACGUGAUCAAGACAAAGGAGAUGAUUGUGGACUACAGGAAAAAGAAGAGGACCGAGCACGCCCCCAUUCUCAUCAACAGGGCUGUAGUGGAGCAGGUUGAGAGUUUCAAGUUCCUUGGUGUACACAUCACCAACAAACUAACAUGGUCCAAGCACACCAAGACAGUCGUGAAGAGGGCACGACAAAACCUAUUCCCCCUAAGGAGACUGAAAAGAUUUGGCAUGGGUCCUCAGAUCCUCAAAAGGUUCUACAGCUGCACCAUCGAGAGCAUCCUGACUGGUUGCAUCCCUGCCUGGUAUGGCAACUGCUCAGCCUCCGACAUCAAGGCACUACAGAGGGUAGUGCGUACGGCCCAGUACAUCACGUGGUCCUCAGUAGCUCAGCUGGUAGAGCACGGCGCUUGUAACGCCAAGGUAGUGGGUUCGAUCCCCGGGACCACCCAAACACAAAAAAAUAAAAAUAAAUGUAUGCACGCAUGACUGUAAGUCGCUUUGGAUAAAAGCGUCUGCUAAAUGGCAUAUUAUUAUUAUUAUUAUUAUUAUUAUUAUCACUGGGGCCAAGCUUCCUGCCAUCCAGGACCUCUAUACCAGGCGGUGUCAGAGGAAGGCCCUAAAAAUUGUCAAAGACUCCAGCCACCCCAGUCAUAGACUGUUCUCUCUGCUACCGCAUGGCAAGCGGUACAGGAGCGCCACGUCUAGGUCCAAGAGGCUUCUAAACAGCUUCUACCCCCAAGCCAUAAGACUCCUGAACAUCUAAUCAAAUGGCUACCCAGACUAUUUGCAUUGCCCCCCUCUUUUACGCUGCUGCUACUCUCUGUUUAUUAUCUAUGUAUAGUCACUUUAAUAACUCUACCUACAUGUACAUAUUACCUCAAUUAACUCGACUAGCCACAUUGACUCGGUACCGGUACUCCCUGUAUAUAGCCUCGCUAUUGUUAUUUUUACUGCUGCUCUUUAAUUAUUUGUUACUUUUAUUUCGUAUUAUUUUAUAUUGUAUUUUUUUGUGAUUUUUUUGGGGGGGGGUAUUCUUUCUUAAAACUGCAUUGUUGGUUUAGGGCUUGUAAGUAAGCAUUUCACUGUAAGGUCUACAUCUGUUGUAUUCGGCGCAUGUGACAUAAUAUUUGAUUUGAUUAGAACACACACUGGGAACCUUGAACACUGGGGUUAGAACACACACUGAGAACCUAGAACACUGGGGUUAGAACACACUCAGGGACCUUGAACACUGGGGUUAGAACACACACUAGGAACCUAGAACAUUUGGGUAGAACACACACACUAGGAUUCUAGAACAUUGGGGUUAGAACACACUUAGGGCACCUAGAACACAUGGUUCAGAGAUACACAGGAAAUCUAGAACACUGGAGAGCUUGAUGAACGCAAGAGGUUAGAACACACACCAGCUUUUGCUCAUCACCAUGAUAAGGACUGGCAGUGCUGGGUCAUCUGAGGUCAGAAGGAGUAUUUUGGGGAACACUGGUGACAGAGAAGCCAACACAGGCUGGCACCUUUCACAUUCAACUCAGUAGAGUGAGCAAAACACACACAGAGGAAUAGCAGAAAGUGUCUCCUCUUUUCUAAUCUUCUCUCCCUCUUUCUCUCAAUCUCUCUUUUCCUGGCCCCAUCUCUCUCUUUCACCCCCUCUGCCCCAUCUCUCCCUCUCUCUCUUACCCUUUCACCAUCUUUCCCUCCCCAUCUCUCUCCUCCCCUCUCCUCUAUCCAUCUUCUCCUCUCUCCCUCCACCCCCUCUCCAUCCCUCUCUCCCUCUCCUCCAUCAGACUGCUUUCCCAGUUGAAUGAGACAGAACGGGCGUUUGAUGAGUUCUGGGUGAGACAUCAGACCAAGCUGGAGCAAUGUCUGCUGCUCCGCCACUUUGAACACAAUUAUAGAGAGGUGAGUGGGACAACACAUGACUACACACACCUGACAUCUGUACACCUUGGGUAAAAUACACUAGUUACAGUACCUGAGAGCAAUACGCCAGAGAGCAACAUACACCUUACCAAACUAAGUAGAUCAUUACAGCCCUGAUUUUGGUACACCUAUGGGACAUUGACACGGCCACCUGUGUGUGUGCAUGUCACACCUGAUCUUUGUGUACCAUGUCUGUGUGUGCAUGUACAACCGGAUCUGAGUAUAUAUUGUGUAUAGGUCAUACCAAAUGUCAUUACAUCUGUCUGUAUGUGUCAAACCUGUGUGUGUUCUAACUGUUGUGCUGCUGUUCCAGGUGAGGUGUCUGCUGGACCAGGUGGCAGAGAGAUUGACAGCUUUCUCGGAGGUGGGAAUAAGCCCCGCCCACGCUGAUCACAUCUUCCGCGAGCUGAGCAGCCACGAGGAGAGAGUCUGUGUAAGUAAACAAACACACUGAUAGACAUGUAUUAUCCAGAGUACGUAUAGAAAUCAAUAAUGUCUCCCUUUUAUCUUUCCAUCCCUCCUACCCCAUGCCCUCUCUCACUUCCUCUCUCUCUCCCCCUCUCCCUCUGUAGGAGGUAUUGGACCAAGCCCAGGCUCUGGCACGUGAGGGUGACAAGUUGAUCCAGAGCUCCCACUAUGCUGAGGACUCCAUCCAGCCCAAAUGCAUCGAGCUCCGAGCCGUGAACGAGGAACUGAGCGCCUACCUGAGAGCAAAGAAAGACCACUUACUCAGAGCUAUGGAGCUGCACCACAGCCUGGAGAGGGUGAGGGGGACGUAAACACACACAUAUAUACACACAUACACAAAGUCAAUAAAGUCAAUCAAAUGCAUGCAGAAACACACACACACCACCCCAUAAACCCCUAAAAGCACACUCUCAACCCCCCCCCCCCCCUCUUCUAGGCUGCUAAGUGGUGUGAUGAUGGCAUCUACCUGCUGGCCUCUCAGCCCGUUGACAAGUGUCAAUCACAUGACGGGGCAGAGUCAGCGCUGCAGGAGAUUGAGCGUUACCUGGAUACAGCGGGACAGAACAAACUGACUGAUCCUAGUGCCAUCUGCAGGGACUACGAGACAGUGCUCAACCACGAGUUCAAGGUAAGGGGAUCCAUCUCUCUGACUUGGACAUGCACUCAGACCUGGAUUCAUAAUGUGAUCAAUUAAAUGUAACGAAAAGAUGACACAGCAAACAAACAGCUAUCAAAACCUGUGAGUGUCCCAGAGUGUAAUUUUGUUCCUGGGUCCUCUUCUCCUCCUCUUCUCUCCUCUCCUCCUCUCUCAUCCUUUCUCCUCUCCUCCCUCAGGACCAAGUGGAGAAGGUGUUCCAGAAGCAGGUGUCCAUGCAGGAGAUGUUUGAGAAGAGAAGGGUCAGUCUGAAGAAGCUGGCAGCCAAACAGACCAGGCCAGUCCAGCCUGUGGCCCCAAGGCCUGAAGCCAUCAAGUCCCCACUGUCCUCGCCAGGUGAGUCCAUAAAUACUACCUGUCCUGAAGUACCACCAGUACUUAUGUACCAUAUGUCCUUAUAUACCACCUGUCCUGAAGUACCACCAGUUCUUAUGUACCAUAUGUCCUUGUAUAACACCUGUCCUGACGUACCACAUGUGUUUACACAUCAUCAGCACCCUGUCCUCACAAAUACAGUCCUGACAUAGGGUUAAUGUUCUUUUAACUAGAUCGGUCAAUAUAUAUUUAGAUAUGUGUAUAGUGUUAUUAUCCCACCUCACCUCCUCCACUCUCUCUUUCUCUCGCCCAUAGCAAAGAGAGUGCUGGAGAAGAGCUGCUCAGAGGGAGACUCUGUGAACGGGGUCAGCUGUAGAAAAGUAAGUUGAGGUCCCUCUUACUUUGGUCUGUGUUUUACUGUGGGAUAGUAUUAUCAUACCUCCAGUAGCUUCAGCAGACACUCAUCCUGUGGUGUGUUCUCAGGUGGAGGGCCAGCUACAGAGCAACAGAAGUGCCUCUCUGUCAGAGGAAGACGAGAACCUGGCCAUCCUCAGAAAGUACGUUUGUUUGUGUUUUGUCCGAUGUUAUGUCUGGCUGCAUAUCUGUGAGUCUGUGGUGUUUCUCUGACUUCUGUGUGUAGUGUUUCACCCAUAGAAAUAAUAAUUAUAAAGAUUCCCUUAUCAUCUGGUGUCUGUAUCAUGUAAGCCUGAACUGUCUACAUUAUGUCUGACUGUGCUCUCUCUAUGUAGACAUGUAAUGAAUGAGCUGCUGGAGACAGAGAAGGCAUACGUGGAGGAGCUGCUCUGUGUUCUACAGGUGUGUAUCUCUCUAUCCCUCUCCCCUGGACCAUCUGAAACCUCUCCGUCCUCCUCUCACACGUGUAUCGGUCUUAACUGUGUUAGUCCUAAUGUGUGUUUCAGGGCUAUGCCUCAGAGAUGGACAACCCAGCCAUGACCAGCCUCAUGCCCAUUCCUCUGCAAAACAAAAAAGAUGUGCUGUUUGGCAACAUGCCAGAGAUCUACCACUUCCACAAGAGGUAAAUGAGCGCCCCUAGCGGUUAUUAAUGGUGUUUACACAGUGAUAGGAUUACCCAGGCAUUGUACUGACUGACUCAUCAUCUCUUUCUCUCUGCAUCCCUCUUCCUUAUGAUCUCCCAGGACCUUUCUGAGGGAGUUGGAAGAGUACGAAGACUGCCCGGAACUUGUAGGUCGGUGUUUUCUGGAGAGGGUGAGUGUUUGGAGAUUGAACUGGGAUAUGUUGUCUUAAUCACUACUCUGAUUGUAGUGAAGCAUUUGUGAUGCAGGGGUAUUUCUCUCUCAACCUUUCUCUCUUUUCUUUAUUCUCUCUCUCAUAGAUGACAGACCUGCAGAUUUAUGAGAAGUAUUGUCAGAAUAAACCUCGCUCUGAGAGCUUGUGGAGACAAUGUUCCGACUGCGCCUUCUUCCAGGUACACACCAUAUCCACACCUCCCCUAAGUUACACACACCCAACAGCUUCAGGCCUAAGUGGUUGUUAUCCCCUAUUCAUGUAUUUUCCCUGUUCUGGUCUGUACCAGGAGUGUCAGAAGAAGCUGGAACAUAAACUGGGCUUGGACUCCUAUCUCCUGAAACCUGUCCAGAGGAUCACCAAAUACCAGCUCCUGUUGAAGGUAGGACCGGUACUUGUCCUUCUAUACGUUGUCUCAUGAUUCACAAGAGCAUUCUGGUCCACUCCUUUAUAUUCAUAAUGUCUCAUUGCAGAUCGACAUAACUCAAUAUGUGUAUGUUGUAGGAGCUGCUGAAGUACAGUAAGGGCUGUGAGGGGUCAGAGGACCUGCAGGAGGCGCUCACCUCUAUCCUGGGCAUCCUGAAGGCUGUCAACGACUCCAUGCACCUCAUCGCUAUCACUGGAUAUGAUGUGAGUUCAUCAUCGACAAACUUCACAUUCUCUGAAAUGUACUGCAUAUUCCUUUCAUGGCGUCAACAUCAUAUUAUUUUAGAGAUUGUGUCAACAUGUCAAUAUUACAUAAGACUGCAGCACCAUAGCUUCUGAUGAGACAUUAACUUUCUCUUGACCUGUGACCCUUCUUCUGAUAGGGUAACAUGGGCGACCUGGGCCGGCUGCUGAUGCAGGGGUCAUUCAGUGUGUGGACAGAACACAAGAAAGGUCACGCCAAGGUCAAGGACCUGGCCCGCUUCAAGCCCAUGCAGAGACACCUGUUCCUGCAUGAGAAGGCCCUGCUCUUCUGUAAGAGACGGGAGGAGAACGGGGAGGGCUAUGAGAAAGCCCCCUCUUACAGCUUUAAACAGUCCCUCAGCGUGAGUCUGUCUGUCUGUCCGUAUGUCUGCCUGCCCGCCAGUAUGUGUGUUUGUAGUAGGUCUAACAGUGUUUGAUAUUGCAAGUGAGUUAAAAUUGAGCUUUUAGAAGCUAACAUUUUCCAAAAUGGUAUGCCCUCUACCAGAUGAGUGCUGUGGGCAUCACUGAGAACGCCAAAGGUGACAACAAGAAGUUUGAGGUCUGGUGCAACUCACGGGAGGAGGUGUACAUCGUUCAAGUGAGUGGUUUUGCCCAAACGACAGCUACAGACUACAUGUCUACAAGUUUGUUUUACAAUGAUACAGAAAUCAUAUCAGACUCUAUUUAGAUAAAAAAACAGAAAUGGGUUUCAUCGUUGUAUUUCAGGCCCCGACAUCUGAGGUAAAAACGACGUGGGUGAAGGAGAUCCGGAAGGUUCUGACAACACAGCUGGAGGCCUACAGAGGUAGGUAGAGUGUCUGUCUGUGGCAGACCUGGUGUCAAAUAGUAUUUGUUUUCUUUCUAAUACUUUGAGUGUAUUGUAAUUACAUUGAGUAUUACAUUCACUGGUCAUGAUUUAGUGGGACUGUAGUUGAUCUCCCUGCGUGUCUUCCAGAAGCCAGCCAACAGAGGCCAUCAGACGGACUGUUCCAGUUCCCCCCUGGUGCUGGAGGACCUGUCAGCCUCAGGUCAGUCACCUGACCCAUACUGACCUAUUACAGAGUCAGAGCCUCUCAUUCACAAAUGAGAAGUAAUCAAAGACCCACCGAAUGUUAUGCACUGUAUAUUACAUGGAAUAAUGGGGCCUGUUUAGGGGGAUGUAACAGAAGGUCCAGACAGAAAUGUAUCAUGUAUACAACAUGUUGUCUUACCGAAGUGUGUUGCAGUGUGAGUUUCUGACUGACCUGUUUCAUCCUCCUGUCUCCUCAGUCCAUUUAGAAGAGGGGAGAGGAGCAUGAAGGAGAAGGGAGAACCAAGCAGCCCCGAUGCUAACUCCCGCUCCUUCCCAAAGACCAAAGGUGAGCAGAGAGCGAGAGAGGGGAGGAGGGUAUAACAUAAAGACCGCUCAGACACCACCACCUUUAAACUGGGUCCAAUGCUAAAUUCAAAGCUAUUCUUUACUCUCAACUGUGUUUAAUAGUCAUCACUUUCCUAAAGCUUUUCUUGUUUCAGCCAAACACUGAACUAUACUACCUUCUGACUGACUCUUAACUAAAUGUUGCUUCUCUCUCUGUGAUGAGUUGACUAAUCUUUCUCUUCACUUCUUUCUAUCUCUUUCUAUUCACUGCACUUUCCUUCUCUCCAUCCCUUCCUUCUUUUAUGCCUCACACACCUCUCCCUGUCGCUCUCCUCUUUCUCAUCCCACUCACCUCUCCUUCCUUCCUUCUCUCCCCUGCUCCUCUCCUUCUCCUGGCCCAGAAGAAGCAGCGACUAGUCCUACCUCAGACAGAGCAGCUGUGGCUAAAAAGCGUUUUACCUUGCAGGGCUUCAGCAACUACAACAAAGGUAACAGCCCUAGCUGGCCACCAGGGGGUUGCCAUGGUACUCUUGUACAUUGUUACUAUAUGUCAGCACUAUAGACUUAAAUAGGAUAAUACAUGGCAUGCUUCCUUCCACAGACCUCUCACCUCCUGACAAUAAAAGCUUAACUUUACCCAGGAUGCCCCUCUCUCCAUCAGGUACCUGACAAUUUAGCUAAAGUGACCAUAGAUUAGAAUCUAGAGGUAACUUUGUUCCAUAGUUUAAGUCAGUGUUUCCCAACUCCAGUCCUCGAGUACCCUCAACAGUACACAUUUGUAAUGUAGCCACAGAACACACCUGAUUCAACGUUCUUUUUUUUUUUUCUCCUUUUUUUUUAUUCAUUUAGCAGACGCUCUUAUCCAGAGCGACUUACAAGAGCAAUUAGGGUUAAGUGCCUUGCUCAAGGGCACAUCGACAGAUUUUUCACCUAGUCGGCUCGGGGAUUAGAACCAGCGACCUUUUGGUUACUGGCACAACGCUCUUAACCACUAAGCUACCUGCCGUCAAGCCCUUGAUGAGUUGAAUGAGGUGUGUUUGUCCGGGGCUACAACGAAAAUGUGUAUGGUUGGGGAUACUUGAGGACCAGAGUUGGGAAACGCUUGCUUAAGUGACGACCAAUUAGAGUUGUACUGUGUAGCUGAUAGUGAAUAGACUGCUUUAGGGAGCCUGUAUCUCUGUUUUUCACCCCUGUAGUCUGUCUCAGAGUAGUGUGUGCUGUAGGAUAACAAUGCUAGUAAACAGAACAUACAGUUAGAACAUACAGUGUGUGGUGCUCCUUUGAAUGUCCUCUGCUCUCUUCAUUCUUUGUCUGUGCUUACUUUAACUUCCACUUUAAAGAUAUGUUACUACUGAUAUUUGUCUUAUUUGAGUGUUUUGCUACUCCUUUUGUCUCUCUUCCUCCUCUCUUUUCCUAUUUUAUUCCUGUCUUCCUGUGAUGGCUAGGAUCUCCCACAAGCCCUGACCAUAAAACCAAACGUCAUGAGAUAAAGAGUGAUCCUACUCCGUUCGGCUUUAAAGGUACACCUUCCCAUAAUAAUCCUAUUCACUGUAUCUGUGGUCGACCAUGGUCGCUGCAUUUGAUCAUUUCAACCGUGGUUGGUCAGGGUGUGUUGAUUUACAGACAGCGGUUUCUCCCCUCAGACAAGCGAAUAAGGUUAAUCAGGGAAUGUAUGAUACGCUGUGUUGACUGACAGGCAACAGGAGUCAUAGUUACCAUGGUCGGUCAUUCAUUGUGGUUGAGCACGUUCGCUGCAGUCGAUCUCUUUGACCAUGUUUCAAUAGGGUUGUAUGUAUCUUUCUCUCAGACCCAGGCACUCACGCUCACCUCCACCUGGGCAGAGUCAGGUGGCUCAGCACCUCGAGUCUCUUACAGGCCAAGAGGAGAGGUACCGUACAGCAUUCAACUGGACUGGACUGUUUUAGACUGGUUUAGACUGGAUUAAGAUGUGUGGUGAUCACAAAAUGGCUGCCGAAUUUCACUGAGAGAUUGGCCCCUCUCACUCCCUACACACUGUUCCCCUGCCUGAGUCUGUGCAUACACAUGACCACCUAAAUACAUAUGUUGAUAUAUUUAUCCAAAAAAACGUCACGUUCCUUAUUGCUGAGUAGUGUUGUGGUUCUGAAUGGUCCACACGAUUACUGUAGUCUCACUUGGUCCUGUUCUUUCUGAUUGCGGUCCAUCCUGACAGUGUCUGGUCAGACAGGUUGCUGGAAAUUCAUACUCUCAAUCCCCCCCCCAGUGUGUGUGUGUGUGUGUGUGCGCGACUGAGCGAGUGUGUGUUUCAGGCUACACAAGACACCAAACUGGGUUAUGUCCCUUCUCUCCCUCCUCUAGGAUGGACCAAGGGCUCGCUCUCAUUGGACGCCAAUGAGGAGAAUGAUGGCUACUCUAGCCCUGAAGAGCCCCUGAACUCAGACCCCGAGGACGAGGGGGGAAAGAAACUAGUGAGUGUGUGUGUGUGUGUGGGUGCGUGCGUGCGUGAGGAUACUCAUCCACUCCAAGCUGGGAUGUGGCUCCACGUAUAAACAUUUUUUCUAAAUAAUUGUUUACAAUCAUACAUACAAUCUAACACCAUAUCGUGACUGUGUACAGUGUGCAGGGAAGUACACAGUGGUGUCUGACUAUGAGAAGGGAGAGGCCCAGGACCUGUCAGUCAAGAGUGGUGAAACGGUGCAGCUGAUCAAGGAGAGAGAUGAUGGACAGUGGUGAGAAUAUUACCUCGACGCCCUUACACUUGAUUGGGCUUCACACUUUAACAGUCAGAACCUAUUCCAACAGGCUCAUAUUCAAUAGGGAAUACCAUAGUGCAGGUCUCUCCAACCCUGUUCUUGGGGAGCUACCCUCCUGUAGGUUUUCGAUCCAACCCCACUUGUAACUAACAUGAUUCAUGUUAGCAACUAAUUAUUAGAAUCAGGUGUGCUAGGUUAGAGUCGGAGUGAAAACCUACAAGACUGUAGCUCUCCAGGAACAGGGUUGGAGAGACCUGCCAUAGUGAAACGUAACAAAACAUGUUGAAACAGGAAACGAAAAUAAGCAAUUCUUAUUGGACAAGUUCAGGUAGCACAUCCCUGUUGCAGUCCCUUUUCUUCUGUGCCUAAUGAAUAUGACCCAGUAUUCAAAUCUGAGCAGUGUUGAGUUGGGGUGAGGUGGUGAUCAAGGGGUUGUGUGUGUUUGUGUGUUGGUGCAGGUUUGUGAAGAACUUGAAGACCAAGCAGGAGGGCUGGGUGGCUGCAGCCAACCUUCUCACCCUGAUUGGAGAGUCCAAGUCCUGCCAGUCUCUCACCAGCUCAGGUAAAACCUCCUCUCCAUGUAGAAUUAUGUGGAACGGGGUGUGUGUGUGUAUCUCUCCUAAACCAUCUCCUCUAACCUCUGGUCUCCCUGUGUAUGUGUGUGUAUUCCAGAGGGCAGUGGCUCAGGGAACCUCAGCAAUUCAUCCAGCUGCUGUGAGACCUACACCAGCUUCUCUGACAUCAAGCCCUGAACCCUCCACCCUUCCCUGGCCCCAUCAGGCCACCCCAGGCCCCUUGUCUCCAGACCCAAACCCAACAGCACCAGCUGGUGGCUCCCCCAGCAAGACAGCACUUUCUCCCCCCACCCUAAACACAACUUCCCCCCACCUUACCCAGAGGCAAGCCCCUCGAUUAGGAUACUGGUCAUCAACUUCAAGAAGAUGCCAACAAUAGACUAA